ACUGCCACACUCCCAGAGCUGCCGGAGCGCGGGGGCACGGCCAAGCCACGUCCCCAAGCUGCUGAGAGAGGGACCCUCCGAAUCCCAGACCCCUCAAUUCCAUGGGGCUGCCCCGCUGAUGGGAUGGGGGGGCUCUGCCUGCUCUUGGUGGCUCUUUCUGCCGUGGCACCUGCACGAGUCCCCACAGAAACGACGGAACCUCCCAAUAUUCCGACAGGGAACACCUCGGUGACACCAGGUCCCAGAGCGCUCCGGCUGGUGGGUGGCCGGAGCCGCUGCGAGGGCCGGGUGGAGCUGGAGCAGGAGGGGACGUGGGGGACGGUGUGUGACGAUGGCUGGGACAUGCCCGACGCCGACGUCGUGUGCCGCCAGCUCCAGUGUGGCCACGCCGUGAGAGCCCAGGGCAACGCCGCCUUCGGCCGCGGGAACGGCCCCAUCCUCCGGGAUGAGGUGGGGUGUGAGGGACACGAGCGGGACCUCUGGGAAUGCCCGGCCACACCGGAGCAUGACUGCAGCCACAAGGAGGACGCCGGCGUGGUUUGCUCAGAGCACCAGGAGUGGCGGCUCUCCGGAGGCCGGGAUGGGUGUGCCGGCAGGGUGGAGGUGUUUUUCCGUGGCACUUGGAGCACGGUGUGUAACAGCACCUGGUACAACACGGAGGCCACGGUGCUGUGCCGGACGCUGGGAUGCGGGGAUGUGCUCCAGCGGCCUGCCUUCAGACACACGCUCCCCGGGAAGAUGACGUACAUGUGCGGGAGCCUGCAGCCCUCGCUGGCACAGUGCCACUGGACCUUCAAUAAAUCCGCGCCCUGUUACCAAUCCUGGGCCGCCGGGGUCAUCUGCAACGGCUCCCAGGGCUUGGAGACACCAACGCCCACGGCGGCUGAGGUGACGCCCAGGAAUGUCACUGUCCUGUAUGCCGAGGAGGGGACCCCGACCUUGGGGACACCCCCAGUGGACAGUCCCCUCUUUGUCCUGUGCCUGGUGCUGGCCGUGCUGCUCCUGCUCUCCGUGCUGGCCUUUUCUGCUGCCCUGCUGAGGCUGAGGAAGAGGAGUGACAUGUCCUCCUUGGGAAUACCCAUGCCAGUCCUGGUGACCCACAGCUCCCAGAGCCCCGACGCACCCUCUGGGAUCCCCAACGACUACAGGAAGGCUCCCACCAGCCUUCCCAAAGGAUCAGACUGUCUGGUCACAGCCAUUUCCAAGGAUUCUGAUUCCGACUCGGAAUAUUAUGAGUUCAGCAGCAAGCCUCCCAUCGCCCUGUCCACCUUCUACAACUCCCUGCGCCGGCAUCCCAGGGAGGAACUUCUUCCUCUGAGACCUAGCCAGGAGAGGAUGGAGCCAUUCCCUGAGGAUGAGCCGGCCAGACCGGGCCCCCCACUCCGCAGCUCCUCCAGCUCAUCCUCAUCCACAGAGCCCUAUUGGAAUGGCAGCAUUCCCCCCCCUGCCCAUGGCACCCAGCAGCACCCGGCAGCCACCGGCCAUGGCUACGGCACAGCUCCCCCAGCAGUGCCCACCCCAGUGCCCUCCCAGCCCUGGGUACCUGCAGCUCCGGCAGAUCCCGAUCCCGACGGCAGCUCCAGCACCUCCUCGGGGGAGUGGUAUGAGAAUGUGCAGGAGACAGAGCCUCCCGGAGAUCCCUCCUCACAUCCAGGCUGGUCAGAUCCAUCCUAUCCUUCGGGGGAACACGGGGAGGAUCCCGACUUUUCCGAGGGCAGCGACUAUGAUGACAUCCAGGACUCUGCCUACUGAGCUUGUCCCACCACUGCAGAGGCCAAAUCUCCUGGAAUUCUCUGGCUAUCUCCUCCAGAAAUCUCCAGGCAUCUCCUCUGUGCUGCCAUUAAAAGCUUUUCCCAUCA